AAAUUCCUCAACUGACAAUGGAAGAUAGACGUGCAGCAUACAAGAACAAAGGUGCAUUCCGCCAGGAUGAACUGAGAAGACGCAGGGAGGAACAGCAAGUUGAAAUUCGUAGACAAAAGAGAGAAGAAAGCGUCGCUAAGAGACGUAAUUUCAAUAUCACAGAUGGUCCAGAUUCUGAUGACGAAUCUGUCGCUACUGAAAUAGACACAAAGUUGGCUGAGGAGCUCCCUAUCAUGAUACAAAACGUCUUCAGCGACGACUAUCAAGCACAGUUGGAGUCUACCCAAAGAUUCAGAAAGUUGCUUUCCAAGGAGCGUAACCCACCAAUUGAGAAGGUCAUCGAAUGCAACGUCGUUCCACGUUUUGUCGAAUUCUUGUCUUCACCACACGGAAUGAUCCAGUUUGAAGCUGCCUGGGCACUCACUAACAUUGCCUCCGGCACUUCUCAACACACCCAAGUUGUCAUCCAAGCUGGUGCCGUUCCACACUUUAUCCAGCUUUUGUCUUCUCCUGUUUUAGAUGUCAAGGAGCAGGCUGUUUGGGCCCUUGGUAACAUUGCGGGUGACUCACCAAAGUGUCGUGACUACGUUUUGCAACAACAAGCUCUCCCUCCACUUCUCGGUUUGUUAGGUGAAAACCACAAGUUGUCUAUGUUGAGAAACGCUACAUGGACACUUUCAAACUUCUGCAGAGGCAAGAACCCACAACCUGACUGGGAACUUAUCAGCCCAGCCCUUACUGUCCUCACAAAGUUGAUCUACUCAAUGGAUGAUGAAGUUUUGAUUGACGCUUGUUGGGCAAUUUCAUACCUUUCUGACGGCUCAAAUGACAAGAUUCAAGCCGUUAUCGAAUCAGGCGUCUGCAGAAGACUCGUUGAUUUGCUUAUGCAUAACAGCACAGCUGUACAAACACCUGCAUUGCGUUCAGUCGGUAACAUUGUUACAGGUGAUGAUUUACAAACCCAAGUCGUUAUUGCUUCUGGCGCUUUACCAGCAUUACUCUCCUUACUCAGCUCACCAAAGGAUGGUAUAAGAAAGGAGGCUUGCUGGACGAUAUCGAACGUUACCGCAGGCUCACCACACCAAAUCCAAUCAGUUAUUGACGCAAAUAUCAUCCCACCACUCUUGAAUAUCCUCCAACAUGCCGAUUUCAAAACAAAGAAGGAAGCUUGUUGGGCAAUUUCAAACGCAACUUCAGGCGGUUUGCAAGAACCUUCACAAAUUCGUUACUUAGUUCAACAAGGAUGCAUCAAACCACUUUGUGAUUUACUCAAGAGUAUGGACAACAAGAUUAUCCAAGUUGCUCUCGACGGAUUAGAGAACGUUCUCAAGGUUGGUGAACUUGACAGAGAAUCAAACGGUCCAGGUAGCAUUAACCAAUAUGCUCAAUUCGUUGAAGAAGCUGGUGGUAUGGUUACGAUCCACAACCUUCAACAUCACGAGAAUUUAGAUAUUUACAAGAAGUGUUUCUUCUUAAUGGACAAGUACUUCCCUGAAGAUGACGAUGAAGAUGUCGCAGCAACUGGUAUGUCAGGUACAUCUGGCCCACAAGUUGAUGCUCAAGGUAGCUACGCCUUUAACGUACAACCUUCCGCACCAAUGGGUGGUUUCAACUUUGGUGGUAAUGCUUAAAAUCGCAAUAUCAUCAAGAAAAGAGAGAAAUGUAUGCAUGAUUAUAUAAUUUUUAAUUCUAUACGACCUUUUUUGUUUUUUCGGUUUA